AUGGAGAAAGAAUUAUUAGCUUAUGUUCAACAAAAAUGGAAAGAAAUAAAUGCAGUUACUAGUUCUAUGAUUAGGCGCAAAGCCAAAGAGUUAGGAAAAGCCUUAAAUAUUGAAAAUAGCAAGUUCUCUCGUGAGGAUAUGCCUCUGAUUGUCAGAAAUUUUCUUCAAAUUGCUCGUGAAAAAACAGCAAAUAUUGAAAAAAAAUUUAUCCUUUUCAUUGAUGAAACACCGAUAUGGUUUGAUAUGCCCCACAAUACAAUACUUGAUUUCGAAGGUGUUCGCAAUAUACCAAUUAAAACUACGAGAAAUGAUAAAUUACAUUUCACAGUAGUAUUAGGCUAUAUAGCAUCUGGAGAAAAACUUUCACCUACUGGUGUGAUAUUUGUUAAUCAUCAUAGUAGUCAUAUUCAUGAUGAUGUAAUUAAAGUAUUAAAUACAAAAGGCUUAGAUAUUGUUAAAUUCUCUGGUGGAACCACUUUUGUUUUGCAACCACCUGAUGUUUCAAUAGACGAAGAGAAAGAUGAACUUACUGCAAGAGAAAACCACAAUAAAGCCUCAUACGAAUUGGUUUCUGAGUGGGUAUCCCAAACUUGGAAAGAAAUUGGCACAAAUAUAUUAACCAGAUCUUUUGAAGUGGCUAGACUUACACUUAACCUUGAUGAUAGCGAAGAUGACAAGAUGUCAAGUUACUUUCAAGCUAUUAUCGCAAAUUGUAAAGACAAAGUAACUUUUGAUGAAGAAGAUCAGAAUAAUGAAUUCUUGAAUGAAGAAGAUCAAAACAAUAAAUCCCCGAAUAAAGAAGAUUCAAAUGCCCAAUAUAGAGCUGCUACCAUAAUUUGUUGA